AUGAGUCACCUACUUUGGAAAUACUACUGGGAAAACGAUGUCGACAGGUUUCGGCGUCUACUGGUUCCGGCCGGCCACACGGCACAAACCGCCACAAGGAGCCUGGGGAUAGGUGCUGGACCCCUUGGGGGUAGUCCCGGACAAUACGGAACCUCUCCCCGGAAUGUUAAACAACGCAAAUCCUCCGCCGUCGGCUUCGGUCCAGCCGGAUCAAAGAACACCAACACAACUCUCGGAAAGGCUGAGAUCAACAGCCGCGACCACGCUGGUCUGACAGUACUCCUCCGCGCUGCUUCCUCAACAGACUCGGCAGCCAUCCUUUUCGUCCAGGCCCUGCUUGACCACCACUCGAUCGAUCUAUAUGUCCAAGACCCCGAGAGUGGCUGGAACGCUCUGCACCGAGCGCUCUACUCUGGAAAUAUCUCUAUUGCGCGCCUGCUGCUUGAGCGAGAGCGCAAGAUCUUGACGGAACAGACCUUGGGAGGCUCGAUCGCCAAGGUUGGACAGUUGAUAAAGACGAAAGACCGCGAGGGCAACAGCCCUUUCGAUCUCUACAACUCAACCAUCGCCGUUCGAAUCCUGGGCGAUUCUGGGAACUCUGAUGACUCGGAUAUCGACUCGGAUACAGAUACUAGUUCAGAUGGAGGGAAAGCGUUGAUGAGAUCUGUUGCCGCACUUGACGGCGCAGCGGAAGGCGAGGAAAUGUUCGUUUUCGGAAGCAACCGCAACAUCUCGCUUGGAGUGGGCGACGAAGACGACCGGCAGUAUCCCGAGAGGAUUAACCUGAAGCGCCCCGAUGAACUUGUCCGCAGAUUCUACCAAGAGUACCUAGAAAAGACCAAACCUGGGCCUCACGGCGUCGGCCUUCCAGAGGAAAAUGUGGAUUUGGAAGAGAUUCCAGCCCUGAUUCGCAAUAGACCCUUGCGGAUUCACGAUGCUGUCCUUUCUAAGUUGCAUACGGCUAUAUUAACAACUGACCCAGUUUCGAACUUGUACAUCUGCGGUGUUGGCCGAGGCGGGCGACUUGGGCUGGGUGACGAAAACACUCAAUAUCGCUUCGUGCCGGUGCAAGGAGGUCUCGCUGAAAAGAACGUGGUGCAAGUUGCACUCGGCCAGAACCACACCCUGGCAGUCACAGACGUUGGCGAGUUGUGGACAUGGGGCUCAAACAGCAAUUCUCAGCUGGGAUACGGCCUACCGCCGCCAGCCAGACAAGACGAAGAACCGAUGAGCACGACCCCACGACAAGUAUUUGGGACACUCAAGAAGGAGGUUAUACUGGGCAUUGCAGCAUCUGCCGUGCAUUCAGUAGCUCACACUUCUUCGUCACUGUUUUGCUGGGGCAAGAACCUCGGUCAGUUGGCGCUCAUGGAUGCGGAUUCGAGAUCCUUGGAAGUCCAGCAAACUCCCAGAAAAGUCGCGGCCUCGCUCUUCUCUUCCCCCAUCGCCGCAGUCUCUGCUGUUGAUAAAGCGACCACCGUCUUGCUGGCCGACAGUACCGUCUGUGUCUUCACGAGCUACGGUUACAAUUUUGUCAAGUUUCCGUCCCCUGACGUCUUCGUAAAUCACCAGUUCACUACGUCCAUGUCGACAAGGUACAAUUCAGCACGGAAUCAAGUGAGUCGCAUCACAUCUGGCGGGGAGACAAUUGCUGCCCUCACUACAAGAGGUGACCUCUUCACCAUGGCACUGAUUCACAAACCGGAUGUGACUACUGCGGCUACCUCCACGACAAACCCAGCCAAGAUCAAGGGUGCUGUCACGACACCACAGUGCGUGUGGAACGCUCGGAAGGACGGCGUCAAAUCUGUCAGCGUUGGUGAACACGGCGCUGUGAUCAUCUGCACAGAAUCUGGAGCUGUUUGGCGGCGUAUCAAGCGGGCAAAAGCAAAAGAUGCUGCCACACCGGGAUCAGCAGACAUCAAGAGAAAGGACUUCAAGUUCCAGCGUGUACCGAGCGUCACCAAUGCCGUUGCUGUCCGGAGCUCCACGUUUGGUGCAUUCGCGGCAAUCCGUAAGGAUUGCAAUGUCAUGAAGGAACAGAUCAACAUCAACGAGCAGUCGCUGUGGGAGGACUUUGCCUCCCUCUUCGUACUACGAGACUUCCAGGCAUCGACGCCCGGCGCCGGCGAUAAAGACACGAUUGGAUUCUGGAAGGCCGAGGAUCUCAAGUAUCGGAUCGGGCAGCUGCCUUAUGAAUUUCUCAAAUCCGUGGAUUUGGAGCGUGACUUGCGACACUUUUUCCUGAUGUACCCACACUCGGACGUUGACAUGGAUCUCCGUACCUCGUCGUGCCCAGACAUUAAGAUUCCGGUGCACUCGUGGAUCUUGACGGCCCGAAGCUCUGUUCUGCGAAGCUUGCUUAGCGACUUUCGCAACGGUGGUCCAGGGGAAAUUCCCCAAGUGCUCAGCCUGGAAGAGGAAGAUGGCAGAACGACAAUCACUGUCGAUUCGGUCGACUUGCUUUCUUUAGUUAAUUUGGCUGUUUACUUUUACGACGAUAUAGUCGUCCCGGCUUGGAAUCAUACUCGCCAAGCGCCCGCUCUAGCCCACAGGUAUCGCCAGGUUCGGAAUGAGCUCAUGAAGCUUGCGACGAAGCUCAACAUGAUGAAAUUCGAAUCGGCUGUACGUCUGCAGACGACUGCGGAAAAGUCGCUAGACAAAGACUUUGCCAAAGCCAUCCAGGAUGUCAGGUACUUUGAGGAUGCGGAUGCUCUGGUUCAGCUCGACGGCGAAGAGGUACCGGUCCACAGCCGGCUGCUACGCCAGCGAUGCGAGUUCUUCGAAGGCCUGUUCCAUGGGCGAGCGGGCGGUAUGUGGCUUGCCGGCCGUCGCGACGAAUUAGACGAUGAGGAGCUUGUUCGGGUGGACUUGAGUCACUGUGAUCCUGAGGCAUUCCAAUAUGUCUUGCGAUACUUGUACGCUGACAUCGGAACGGAGGUGUUCAAUCAGACCACAGCAGCUACCAUUGAUGACUUCUCUGAUUUGGUAAUGGGCGUCAUGAGUAUUGCAAAUGAGCUCAUGCUUGAUCGGUUGUCCCAGAUCUGCCAGUACAUCAUUGCACGUUUCGCCAACACUCGAAACAUCGCUCUGCUGCUGAACGAGAUCAGCGCAUGCUCCGUCACAGAGUUCAAAGACGCCGGACUGGAGUACAUCUGUCUGCAAAUGGAGGCGGUGCUAGAAAAUCACUUCUUGGAUGAUUUGGAAGAAGAUCUUUUGGAAGAGUUGAACAACAUUGUUCGAGAAAACCAGCUAGCUCGCUACCCUUUCGCCAGAAGCGGUCGGGCCGAGCUCCUAUUGUUUGAGAAGGAUCCUGAUCUGGCUCUCGACAUCGACGAGGAACGCCGUCGAAGAGUGCGGGAUAUGGCGUUCCGGACUACGCAACGAGACGACGAAAAGAAGACCUCAUCAUCCUUCAAGACCAAAUUUGGCAGUCUCGACGACUUGUCCGGCGCCACGUCUCCCAGUGUAGAUAAAUCUCGACGUAAGUCCAAGACUGGUCGCAACGAGCCUUUCAGUCCCAGCCUGAGACCGAAGGAGUCCCACGCCGAUUUAAUGUUCAAUAUGGACGACGAGGGGCCCUCUGGUCUGGGUAGCCCUACCAUUUCACCCACACAGAGGGCUACCGAGGCCCAGAUCCAAUCCGAUAUGGAACGGCUGCCUUCGCUGCCUGGCCCCCGGAAAGGCACUAAAGGCCAGGGGGGAUCGCCACAAUAUCCAGUGCAAAGCCCUCCGGUGGGUAUAUCCGCCCACCUCGGCAUGAUUCCGUCGCCAACAGACUCCCGUAGGCCGAGUGCCCCGAGGGCUGGCAGCCCGUGGGCAGCCGCAGCAUUCCCAACUCAGAAGAUGGACCUGCGUCGAGUUCUGACAGAAACGCCAACCGAGUCUGCAUUGUCCGCCGGCAUUGCUGCACAGAAGAACAAGGAGGCGUCGCCCAAGCCGGCUCAACUCAAGGUGUCGCAAAAGGAGCGGAAGAAGCAACAGCUGGUACAGGCCGCUGCACAGGCGGCUCUUGAGGCUGAGGUCUUACAGCCUAAAGCGGCCUGGGACAGGGAAGCGACCGGCAACAAACAUGCGCCUUGGAAGGCAGUCACGAGCGGACCGAAGACGCCGUUGAAAGGUAUCCUGGCCAAGGACUCGGCCAAACCGGCGUCACCACUGGCGGAUAACCAGAACGCGAAGCCGUUGCUCUCGGUCGAGAGCACUGCGAUAUCAUCGCCGCGGAGGGCCGCUUCGCCCGACACACGCUUCCCGGGCCAGGCCCGCAUCAGCAGCUCCCCUGCCGUGGCGGGCGCCUCGACAAGUCAGACUGCAUCGAAGCCCCUGGUGCCGCACUCCAAGUCCUACAUCACCCCCGCGACCAAGGCCGAGCCCAUUUUGGGAUUGAGCAUGGCAGAUAUCAUUGGCCAACAAAAGCGGGAGCAGGAGAUCGUCAAGGAAGCCGUCGCGAAAAGGUCAAUGCAGGAGAUUCAGCAGGAGCAAGAGUUCCAGGAGUGGUGGGACCAGGAGACACGGCGGGUACAGGAGGAAGAAGCGAGGAGGGAGACCAAGGACAAGGCGGCGAAGGAAGGCAGGGCCCAAAAGGACAGCAGACGAGGACGGCGGGGCCGAGGUGUGGCGAAGGGUAAAGCAAACGGCGGCGCUCUGGGUCAAGAACACGGCGCCGGCAAUGUUGAUGUCGGGGGGGGCCCAGCCAAGGCACCUAGCGGGCCGGCGAACAACCCCCGAGGGCGCAGCCACCGGGGCCGGGGAAGAGGUGGCAAAGCAUCGACAUCUACAGCGUCGUCUACAUCGUGA